AGACAAUUAAAAAUAAGUGUAAAACUAAAUUUAAGACUUUCAAGAUUGUAGUGGAUCAUUAGUAACAAUGAAGAUCGCAAUAGAAGGCUGCGCCCACGGCGAGCUAGAGAAGAUCUACAGAUGCAUUCGACUUCUACAGAAGAGACGCGGCUUCCAGCUGGACCUGCUGAUCUGCUGCGGAGACUUCCAGGCGGUCCGCAAUACUGACGACCUCAGCGCCAUGGCCGUCCCUGAUAGAUAUAAACACAUGCGGACGUUCUAUAAGUACUACAGCGGAGAGCUACUAGCGCCGGUAUUGACUCUCUUCAUCGGAGGGAAUCAUGAAGCGUCCAGCCACAUGCAGGAGUUACCUUAUGGGGGGUGGGUGGCGCCCCGGAUAUACUAUAUGGGGAGGUCAGGGGUAGUACGCUUCGGUAACCUUCGCAUCGGAGGCCUGUCCGGGAUAUACAAGGGCCACGACUACCACCGCGGCUUGCACGAGUGCCCGCCCUACAACCCAGCCUCUAUAAGGUCCGUGUUUCACGUGAGAUCUCUGGAUGUAUUCCGCCUGAGUCAAGUCAAGGAUAAGGUACAUGUGAUGCUGUCGCAUGAUUGGCCCAACGGCAUCACUGAUUACGGAAACAAGAGUGCUUUGUUAAGAAAGAAGCCGUUCUUUAGACAAGAUAUCGAGAGCAACCGACUGGGCAGCAACCCAGCAAUGGAGCUGUUGAAUCAGCUUAAGCCAGACUUCUGGUUCUCGGCACAUCUGCACGUGAAGUUCGCAGCGGUCGUGCCUCAUGCUGACGGUACCUCGACCAGGUUUCUGGCGUUGGACAAGUGCCUGCCGCGGCGGCUGCACCUGCAAGUACUAAACCUACCUGAGCAGUUUGACGGAGAUAAAAGACUGAAGUAUGACGUCGAGUGGCUCGCGAUCUUGAAGCAAACCAACCAUCUGCUGAGCGUCAACAAUACCAACUGCUACCUGCCUGGCCCAGGGGGAAACGAAAGGUUCAACUUCACGCCAACAGACGAAGAAAAACAAGAGGUAAGAACCAUAAUGAGAAAUCACACGAACAGUCCAGUUAUGGAAAUAAUACAGGAGAUUUUCACCAGAAAUGUACCAGUAUACAAUCGAAGACAGGUCAGAGGCACUCAGAGAGGACCGGUGAUCAAUCCGCACACAGUGAAACUUUGCGAAGCUUUAAGCAUUGUUGAUCCAGUGCAAGUAAUUAUGGCUCGGACGGGAAGGGAUAUGCUACCACCAUGUGAUGACAAUAGAGCUGGACCUAAUGUUGCAUUUGAUCCAGUAGCAGGACCUUCAACUCCUGUAGUAUCUUCUACUCCAAACAGAAGCCUGGGUCUAACUUUGCCAGCUCCCGUGCAAUCUUCAGAGCCUGUAACCAUCAUCAUCGAUGCUACGCCAGGGUCCAGUGGACUCUGUGAAGAACUUGCAGGACAGAGUAAUGCUCCUAGUGAUCCUGCCAGCUAUGUCGAAAGAUCAAAGGAUUCUGAGGAAAGUGACAAUACUUCUGCGGUGUCUACACCCCUGGUGUCGGGAAGGAGAACCUUCAAGAGACGUAAUGAAGCUUUUUAUACAACACACGAUCAGCAUGGUGAACUAGGGGGUUCAAUGGACUCCCCAUUUAAACAGAAUUAA